UUGAACCGUUAUUCCACCCUACAAUCGGAAACCUUGCAGUUUUUUCCGGUGAUCGUUACAUUGAAUGUCAACCGGAACCGGGAUACAGUCAACGCACCGCCGUCGUGCAGCGGAGUUAAUAUACGUAACACACUACUCAGGCCUGGAAACCCCAAAGAAUUGUGAAUACAAUGUAAAUUAUCAUUUUCUAAGAAAAGGGUUCAAGUGUUGGAGCGUAGCAGGGUUUGCAUUUGUUCUUGUUUUGCUAGUUUUAUUAUACAUGGCAACUGCUGAGAGUCAUGAGACACUCAUAUUGAGGGACUACAACUACAAGCCCCAUCACCCCAUGAGACUGCUUCACUCUUCCAUGCCCAUCAACAAAUACUCUGUUGAAGAAAAAAUUUGGAUGAAACCAAACAUCAGCAAUGACUAUCACCAAUGCAUUGCCAGACCACGGAACCGAAUAAAGACGGGUUCGAAUGGGUAUAUUCUUGUUCAUGCCAAUGGUGGAUUGAAUCAGAUGAGAACCGGGAUAUGUGACAUGGUUGCUAUUGCCAAGAUCAUGAAUGCUACCCUUGUUUUUCCUUCUCUUGAUCAUCAAUCCUUUUGGACCGACCCAAGUGAUUUUAAGGACAUUUUCGACUGGAGGCAUUUCAUGGAUGUGUUAAAAGAUGACAUUGAGAUCGUAGAGUUUUUACCGCCAGAAUUUGCUAGAAAAAAGCCAUAUCUCAAAGCUCCUGUUUCGUGGUCAAAGGCUAGUUACUAUAGAGGGGAGAUGUCUUUAUUGUUGAAGAAGCACAAAGUAAUUCAGUUUACACAUACUGAUUCAAGACUUGUCAACAAUGGACUUGCGAGCUCUUUACAAAAGCUUAGGUGUCGAGCCAAUUAUGCGGCCCUUCAGUACUCUCACGAGAUUCAACAGCUCGGGAAAAAGCUGGUUCAACGUCUUAGGAGCAAAGGGGAGUCUUAUAUUGCUCUCCAUUUGAGAUAUGAGAAAGACAUGCUUGCAUUCACAGGAUGCAGCCAUAGUUUACGAGAAGAUGAAGCAGAGGAGCUAAGAGUCAUGAGAUACGGUAUAAAGCAUUGGAAAGAAAAGGAAAUAAACAGCAAAGAGAGGAGACAGAACGGGGGAUGCCCCAUGUCCCCUCGAGAAGCUGCUUUCUUCCUUAAAGCCAUGGGGUACCCUCCAACCACCCAAAUUUACAUAGUCGCCGGUGAAAUAUAUGGAAAUACGAGCAUGGACGCCUUUCACAAGGACUACUCAAAUGUGUUUUCUCAUACCACACUUAUGACUCGAGAGGAACUAGACUUGUUUAAGCGGUAUCAAAAUCGUCUCGCUGCAGUUGAUCAUAUCGUUGCCCUUGAGAGUGAUGUAUUUGUUUACACGUAUGAUGGGAAUAUGGCAAAGGUUGUCCAAGGGCAUAGGAAGUUUGAAGGCUUCCGUAAGACCAUCAGCCCCGAUAGGCGAAAGUUUGUUAAACUGAUAGAUAUGUUGGACAAUGGAGUGAUAACGUGGGACACAUUUAGUUCCCGAGUGAAGGCCAUUCAUAAGGAUCGGGUGGGUGCACCAUUUGAGAGGAAGGUCGGAGAGUCUCCUAGAGUAGAAGAGAAUUUCUAUGCGAACCCAUUUCCGGGGUGCAUUUGCACUGGCAAACAGCCAUCCAAGAGUUUUCUCACAUAAAUAGGCGUAUUUAAAUGCUUAGUUGUAUAGCACACAUACACAGUCUUGCUUGACAUGACACUACACGACACGCCAUGAAGUUUUAGUUUUUAUUUUUGUAAUGGUAUAAGGUCAAUGAUUUUAGAAAAUGAGGAAACCGAGCGAUUGCUUAAA